GGAAGAAGCACAGAUCACAGGACGAUCUGCCCCUCCCACCUCGCGCCCGCGGGGAUCACAGGGGCCUGCGGUGGGAGGGAAGCGGCGGCACAAUAUAAGCGGGUCCGGCCGGGCCGGACCCGCUGCACAGACGGCGCCGGCGCCAUGGACGGCAGGAAGCCCGGGGCCAGAGGCCUCGCAGUCCGGCCCGGCGCGCGCAUCCUCCCCACGCUGCUGGCUCUGACACUGGGCUCGGCGCUUGCCCAGGACCCGGCGCCCGCGUGCCCGGAGAACGCCCUGGAUGUGACGCUGACAAGGACCGAGAUGUCCAUGAAUGAGACGCUGACCCUGUCCUGCAAAGGCUGUAGCCGAUUUGCCCACUCCAGCUUCCUGUACUGGCUGGGCAAUGAUACCUUCAUAGAAAAUCUGCCGGGCAAACUAUGGGAGGCCAAGACUCGGAGGCUGCGGCACAGCGGAGUGACCUUGCUCCAACGAGACCUGGUGCUAGAGGAGCUGAGCCCUGACCUGCAAAACACCCAGUUCUCCUGUGUUCUGGUGGACCCUGUCCAGGUCUUGCAGCGUGCUGUGCUCCUGGCCCAGCUCUGGGAGCCAGAUGGCAGAACCCCCGCAACUACUUGUGGACCUGGGAAAGAAGCCCAGCCAGCAGCUCCAAGAAAAUCAGACCAGGCCUGACCAGCGGAGGCAGCACAUGGGGAGAGGAAGUCUCCCAAUAAAAUGUUAAUCCCA